AUAUUCUCUCCAUUCAUUCGCAUCAUGUAUUUUCUACUUAUUGGGGCUUCUGGCCGAACUGGCACUCUCGUGCUGGAAGAAGUACUGCGUCGUGGUAGCCACCCAUAUCGUCGCUCAUGUCCUGGCAACUGCUAACUCUAACUCAGGACAUACUGUCACCGCGCUCGUUCGCGACCGUAGCAAGGUCACCCCACGUGAUGGUCUGACGUUAGUUGAAGGGACCCGGUUUGAGCCUCUAGAUAUCGAAAAGGCUCUCGCGGCAGCUCCCAGUACUCCAACAAAUGCUACCAUUGUAACUCUGAACACCGCCCGCAAGAGCGACAACCCAUUCGCUGCGAUGGUAUCGCCACCACAAUUGAUGACGCAGUCAAUGAAAACUCUUGUCACAGCCUCGAAGGCCACCGGCGUCAAAAAGGUCGUGGAUUUGCAAGCUCAUGGUGUUGGCAACUCCUUCCCCACGCUCUUCUUUGUGAUGCGAGUGAUGGUGAAGAAGUCGAACAUGUCGUUCUCGUACAAAGAUCACGAGUCUGCUGAGACCGUUCUCAGAGAAAGUGGGUUGGAUUUCGUGUUUGCACGCCCGACUCGACUCACAGAUGGCCCUGCAGCCCCAAUUCACUUUUAUGGAGAUACCGGCCGUGGUAUCAGCAGCUUUGCUGGAAUGAACAGGCGGAGCACAGCCGAGUUCUUGGUUGAUGCAGCCGAGAAGAAGGAUUGGGAUGGAACUACACCUGUGAUGUCAAAUUAGGUGGAGUGGCGUAAAAUCGAGGGGCACAGACAGAUAGUGAUAGAGCUCUUUUGGAUAUAAAUU